AUGAAUGCCUUGUACACCAAACCAAGCCUACUUGACUUAUCUGUUGCUCAUGAACAAUCAGAACAAGAUUAUAACAUAAAUAUCUGGGGACCUAUCAUAGAAGCCAUGUUCUCUGAUUCCAUCGUACAAGUCAAGAGACUUGGAGUUAUUAUCAAUCAGAGAUUCAUUGAUAUAGCGAAUAUUGAAGUCGGAAGGAAGGCCACCACUACCAAGGUCAAGGAUGACCACUUUAAACCACUUCUGGAAGCCAAAACAAUCAUACAAAAAGCAAUCAGUUCUUUUAGCUUUAUUUAUCCACCGUCUUUCACAGUAACCUCUCUUGGCUCCCCUUCCAAUUUUACCACUCAACGAAUAAGCAAAAGAAUACGUAUACCACUCAGCCCCGACGACAGCGAGAAGUUGACUCUUUUAUUACAACAAUUAAUGGUGUAUAAGGAAAAAGUGGAAUCCGUAGCAACCUUGUUGAAAAAAGAAGUUAACAAAGCACUGGAUAGAAGAUCGUCUUUUGGUCCUAUUUUGAGUCCAUCUUACAAAACGAACUUGGAGUGUUAUCAUAAUUGGUUAAAUGAAUAA